AUGAAACUCGUGCAAAAUGCAAUUCCAUUACUUUUCCAAUCUCAACAUUUCGCAGCCAAAGUGCUCAGCACCAUUCAGUGCGUACCGCAGUACCAGGAACGCAUAGUACCGAAAGAGAUCGUGCUUAACAGCGAACGAGGCGAGAAGAGUAACGUCGCUGCCCAUCUCUGUCUACUGCACGUCCUGUUCGACAGCUUCACACUAGGUCGCUUUACCUCCUUUACUGAAGAUGGCUGUCCGGACGGAUAUAUGCAGAUUCAAGAAGCCUCAAGACCUCAAGUUGGCGGUUCCUGGUGUGGCACCUCGUGGGGUCCAUCCAUAUAUUAUAGUGAAACAAAAUCUAUCACGCUUAUAAUAAGACUUCUUCACUUGUCUAAGGAACAAAAUAACUAUAAUUUUGAUUUUCGAAUGGCCUAUAAAGUUUUAAGAAGAGAAUAUGCGACGGUUCGAUAUGGAGGGAGCCCUCCUUUGGAGCGGCCUUUUUUCAAACUCAGGCCGGUACCUUAUCUCGUAAACAUAUCACGCGGCGAGGAUAUGAAUACGCCGAAGACGACAAAAACUACCGAGUAUUACCUCGGGGAUUUGAUCUCAGGAACUUAUUGCUCUCGGAUAUUCAGUGACUGUGAUCGUAAAAACUGUAGGUUACAAUCACCAAAUUUUCCAGGGGUUUACCCUAGAAACUUAACCUGUUAUUAUGCAGUACGACAACACGAAGUGCCUCAAGGAAAACAUGCUUUGAUAGUUGUGAAGCAGCCUAACGGCCAACUAGUUUCAAUUAGAAGCCAAAAGGCUUUGUAUGCGGCGCAACAAGAAAGGGGUAACAAUGGACGGGAGCUGAAAUUUUGGCAACAGUGUGACGAAGUUCAAGACUAUGUGACGGUAUACGAUGGUUACACAACAAGAGACCCUGUAAUUUUGAGGUUUUGUGGAGGAGGAGUGUCCGUCCCGGAAGCAAUAUCAAGCGGUCCUGAGCUAUUGGUGGAAUUUACAACGUCACCGUUUGGCACGUUUUUACAGCCUGCGACGUCACAGUCUUUACACGGAUUCCAAUUAGAAAUAGAGGUCAGAUUUGUGGAUCAGCAAUCGCCUACAUACGCUAAGAACAAAAGAGCUUGCGAAUUUUGGAUACGAGGAACAGGGCGGGGCACCUUAGAGCACCCGCAACACUCACUACCUCCGAACACAACGUGCCUAUAUCAUAUGCAGGGUAUAGACACAUCGGGGCCAUCGGGAAGAAACAUAAUUUACAGAAGACCCUCCUUUUCAGCUCCCCGAUUUAAAGUAUGGUUUUCAGUAUUGAAAUUUUAUGUGACCAAUGCUCUAAAUCCAAACUUGCCCGAGGAUGAGUACUGUGGAAGUCAUUUGAAUAUAUGGGAUGGCCCGAUGAGGAUAUCGCCCGGCUGCAGUGAUAUUUUCUGUGAUAAAGAGCGCUCAGUUCAAAUGUCGAGAGCAACUUCUCCUCAAUCGGUGAUAGUCGGUCGUCCCCCGACAAACGCCACAUUGGUGGCCAGAUUCUGCCGUGAGCGGGCACCAAGGACCUGCGAACAUGCUCUGUUACGAAGAUCCAGAGCAUGCACCAAGACUGAAAGCUUUCUGUCAAAGGGAGAUUCUUUGACAUUAGAAUUGAAAUUGACACAAGGGACCGCUUUGAAGCCUGUUUAUUUCAAAGCCCUUUACGAGUUCGUCGACUUGCAUCAAGACGGUGAACCAUGGGGCCGGGGAUCGUGUUCUCGAAAAUUUGCCUCAAGGUCGUUUCCAGAAGCACCACCCGAUCCACCAAUAACCUUUUCUUCGCCCAGAGAUGUAUUUUUAUACGGUAGAGGAGGAAAUCGAAAUAUUAGCUGCACAUACCGCUUUGAAGCUAACCCAGGCGAGGUUAUAAGACUCCGUGUAUGGGGCGUACGUAGUGGUGGUAGACUAUGUCGAUCUGUACACUCCGCCCACUCGCCUUGGUACCGGUGUGCCGGUGAAGUUACUGCAGCCGUAAGAAUAUUUGACAAACCCUGGAGAGAUGCUGGCUUAAGGAUACCAAGGGACUGCUUAUGCAGUGAUGUUGGUGACUACGAGUUUACAUCAAUAGCUACAGUAGCGGAACUAAAGUUCGAUGUCGUCAACAUGUCAGCAACUGACGAUUUCCGAUCUUUUGGUUUUGAAGCAUCCGUAGAAUUUGUUAGAUUAGACCUGGGCUGUGAAACUACACAUAGAGUAUAUGGAGCAAGUGGAGAGUUAAGACUGUCAUCGUCUUCGCCGAUGUCUGAAGCGGAACGUUGUGAACGUCGUCCAUGGGUAAUUGAUCCCUCCCCAGGGCGAUAUCUCUACCUGCAAAUCCGUGGAAGCAUUAUUAGAGAACCUGAGCUGGAUAACUUCACACUCUUAAACAAUAUCACAGUGGCUCCAGAUAUGAGGCACUUAUGUAGGACACCGAAUAGAAUUGCUGUGUAUACUGGAGGGCUUACUCCUACAUUCAUAUGUCCUGAACCUCAGGAAGAACAGAUGGAAGACAUGGUAGAAGUGUUCUCAGAAGGCUGGUCAAAAGAAGUAGAUCCUUUAACACGUCAUGUUUUUGCGUCCCCUUCAGCUUCAGACCAAUUUAGUUUAGAUUGGACAAGGGCUCUAAGCGCAGAACUUAUUGCCGUAGAGCCUGGCUCUUAUUAUGUAUCUUGGUUGGAACUUUCUAGAAGACACGCCAGUUCCCACGGCGGUGUGUUCGCACUGUCGGGUGAAUGUGAGUACCGCUGCCCGUCCCUGGAUGCGUGCAUCUCGGGCGCGCUGUGGUGCGACGGCGUGGCGCACUGCCCGCGCGGCGAGGACGAGCGCCUCGCCCACUGCUCCGCGCUGCUGCGGGUGCCGGCGCACUACGCCGCUGCGCUUCUCGCCCUCACUGUUCUGGCGGCAGCCGCUGUCAUAACAGCAGCACGUUCCUGCCGCAGACGUCGUUCAGCGUUGCAGCAACGCCUUAAGAGCUUGUCCUCAGACACUGCCAUCUUUGAUGAAAAAGAAGUGAUUUGCUGA